AUGGCUUCAGAGGACUCCACAACCAUGCCAUCGGAGAUUAACUGGGAAGAGUUUUUAAAACCACUCGUGGAGUUUAACAACCGGAACCCAGAUGGGUCCCUUCCUGAAGUUGAUGUCCCCAACAACUUGAAUGACCAGACUUCUGGCAUUGUUGAGGGAAAUCAACUUCCCGAGGCUGUGGCACCACCUAACCAAGUGGUGGAGUUCGAUAUCGAUGAGUACUUUGAUAUCGAUGAGUUCCUGGCUGCCGCAUUCGUCCCUGCUCCCGCCCCUCCUUUGGUCCCUGCUCCCGCUACUCCUUUCAUGGCUCUUCCCGCUGCUCCUCUCGUUCCUGCUCCGGUCACUCCUUUCGUCCCUGCUCUGACCACUUCUUUCAUCUCCGCUCCGGUCACUACUCUCGCCCCUGCUCUCGCCACUUCUUUCAACCCUGCUCCCGCCACCACCCCCAACCCUAUCUCUGGCACCAGCAUCAGCAACAUCCCUCCUACCGACGGCAGCGGCAGACCACAUAUCUGCCCAGCCCCAGAAUGCGGAGCGAGGUUCGCCAAAAGGUCCGCGCUCAAUACUCACAUGAGAUCCUCAAAAGCCCACCCACACCAGAAUAUCAAGUGCCGCUGUGGAAAGGGCUUUUCACAGUACGGGCUUAUGCAGCACCUCAAACAGCAGGUGAAAAGGUGCAAGGAGAGCCGGGAGAAAUUUCGGUGUCACUGUGGCUUUCCCGCGGGUCCUAGAGCGGAGGACGAGAUUCUCGGGCAUGCUUAUAAUUGUUCGAGAAUAAGGGGCAAAGUUGAUCAGUAA